AUGGUCGAUGAUAGUCCACAAGAUCGAACAACGGACGACGAGGUUCCGGAACGAAGUGUAUACCCCGCAGCAACUACACCUCGGAAGUUCGAGAACUUUCGACUGAGUGAUCAGGGACUAGCAUCACAGGAUUGGCCUUUCACCAAUUAUUGGCAUGAUCCUGUAGGCCAGAGGCUGACUCGGGAUCAGGAUCCAUACAACUCAAAUGAACUUGCCCUCAUACCGGAUAGCUAUCUUUCCGCGACUAUCUCGACGUCUUCCGCAGAUCCGAGUCAGUAUCUUGAGGGCCAUGGUGCGAGUAGCGGCGCAAUUCCAUAUGCAGCAUCAACGUUCCAGCCAGACGGCUCUGUAAUGGACACGCAAGCCUUCCACUGGGGUAUGGCCAGCAUGGGCCAGUCAAGUCAUGUAUCUGUCCAUGGUGCGCAGGCAGACAUUCACCUCACAUCUUCAUGUUCCCUGGUCGAGGCACCGCACGACCAACCUGGACCACCAGCCAGCCGUAUUAUCCAAAUUCCUCAAGUCCGCUAUGUCCACCCUUCCAAAAGGGGGAGGACGCGUUACGGCCGCCCUAUCGACCUCGAACCAAUCAUUUUUUGCCUCAGUGGUUCUGGUGAAGAAGGUGUCCUAGCUUCAGACGCGUUUGACGGCCCGUUUAGACACUCGACUUUACACCUCGAAGGUGCAGAUGACGUGGUCUUUAGGGCGGAUCAUGCGAGGAACAUCACGAUGCAUAUCUUAUGGCCCGAAUGCACACCAUGGAAGGCUUUGAUUAGCACGAAAUGCUUUGUAGCGAAGCAAUCUGUGCCAAUCACUCGAGGCAUACUAGCCAAGCGAAUCGCCGCCCAGUUGGUCUCUUUCACGAAGGCAUUUACUCACUCACUCACGAUACGCUCUCUGGGGCACAUUGCUGAUGAGUGUAUACCAGCAGAUACCGCAUCCCAGUAUACCCGGCUCAACGGUCCCCUCUCCAGCAGGCUUGAGAUUGGACCAGAUCUCCAUCCGAAGAUUCUAUCCCGUCUCUCAGGGAGCGUGGCAGGUUGA